AUGGAGCAUUGCCUUUCUCCAGUGAGACCUUCCUCAGCUCCCGCUUUCCCGUCCUUGCCGUCAGCAUCCCCGUCAACGCUCACGUCAACAUUUCAGUCCACUGUAGCCCUCCAGCGAUCCCUUCGUUCGUAUCAUCACCCUCGUGGUCGUGUCGUUAGUUCCCCCAGAAUAGCAGCGACACGCGAUGCAUUCGACACGUGUAUCCCCUCGCGUUUUGCUCAUCAAUCGGCUCAACGGCGAAUCGCCGUCAAACUAUCGAACGCGGUCCCUCACAAUGCCAGCUCAUGUCAACCAAUCAGAAAGGUCUGCGCUGCUUCUGCGGCUGUAGCAGUAGUAGCAUCUGCUACAGGCAGCAAAAACUCAUCCACAGAUGCUAGACCAGCCGCUGGAGCUUCUAGAAACGUCGUUGGAGCUGCAAGGGGAAUCAUUGGGAACUCCCAGAGAAGCGUCGGGGAUGCAGGCAGCCAAUGGAAAGACGAGAUUCUAGAGACGUCUUUAAAGUUGCUCCGGACGAAGCCGGUCGACCAAUGCGUGGAUUUUGUCGUGAGAGAAUGCGAGCGCGUGGCGGCUGAUAAUGCCACGUCAUCAGUCAGCGAGCAUGCCACGUCACCGCUCAGCGAGCUUGCCACGUCAGCCCACAGCCAGACGGCGUCAGAUCCCCGCGCAGCGGCGCUGAGCGUCCUGUCUCAGUGCCUCAGGAAACUGCUUCAAACGAGUCAGCUUAAAACGGUGAAUUCGCUGCUCCUCGCACUAGCGAAUCAUCAAUCCGGGGAUAGGCAUGGAAAGAACUCAGGAGGUGGGGAAAUUGGGGGGUUCAUGGGGCGAGCGGUGAGGUGGGAGGAGGUGGUGGGGAGCGUCGCAGCACGGCGAGACGUGCGACUGGCAGUGCUGCACGCACUGAGGCGAAAGCGAGUAGAGGAAGCCGUUGAUCUGCUCUGCUCCCUCGCAGUGCUGGGAUUAUCGCCACGGAAGCUAGCAGUGAGCGACCAGGUGUACCAAGCAUGCAUUGCUGCCUCGAACCUGCCCCUCGUCAUGAGCUUCAUCGCCCACCUGCCGGGCGCAAGCUCGGUGGAUUACAACAAGGCAAUCAAGGAGUGUGCUCGGCAGCGCAAGCUGCAACUAGCAUUGACUCUCUUCCACGCUCUCAGAAGCGGGUGCAGAGGAGGAGGGAGUGGGGGUGGUGAUAGCAGCAGCAGCAUCAGCAGCAGCAGCAGCAGCAGUGGCAGUGGCAGCAUCAGUAGCAGGGAGCCAGUUGGAGGAGAUCUGUUGCCUCCUCCUGGCGUUUCACCUGAAGUUCCACCUGAGUGGGGCGAGCUACCUGACAUAGCACCUGGAGUGGCACCUGACAUGUUCACGUACCGCUCGAUGAUGGACGUGUGUGCUGCAUGCGGCGCCGGAAAUAUAGCCACUGAAAUUAUCCAGGCUAUGGUGGAGGAGGAUGGGGUGGUACCCAACACCUACGUGGUCAACAGCGCUCUUAAUGCAUGCAUCAGUGACUGGGAUGCCACGUGGUCGCUCUGGUUCCGCAUGGAG